CCCUCCCCUGCCUUUCUCCAGCAUUCUCCUUCCUCUUCCCAGUUCCCACCGCACCACCCCUCCAGGCCUCCACCGCCCCGCCACUUCACUGCAAGCAGGUCAACCCGGCGCGAGGAGCACGACGGGCCACGCAGCGUCCGCAGGCGCAGGCGCCAUGGACGACGACAUCGACAGCUCCUGCUCCACCCCGUUCGCCAGCGCGCCGUCCAGCCCCGGGCGUUCCCCUGCCUUCGUCGGCGGCGGAUACUUCUUCAGCGCGCCGGCCAGCCCCAUCCACCACCUCCUCUUCUCGACGUCGUCCUCGGCCUCCGCGGCCGCCGGCGCGGGCGGGCGCGGGGGCGCGGGCGACGCGGAGUUCGAGUUCGGCGGGCCCGGCGGGCCCAUGAUCUCCGCCGACGAGCUCUUCCACAACGGCCAGAUCCGGCCGCUCACCCUGCCCCCGCUCCCGGAUCUCGACCCCAGCAGCGACGAGGACGACGAGGGCGGCGGCGGGCGCGCCCCGGCGCGGGGCCGCGACCUCACGCCGCGGAGCGCGUCCGUGCACCGCCGCGCGCGGUCCAUGUCCCCGCUCCGCGGCGCGUCCCCGCGGUUCAAGCUGAUCAAUGCGCUCGUCCCCGCGCCGGAUCUCGGCCCCGCGCCAGGCGGCGCGGCGCGGGAGGAGGCCGCGCCGCCGGUCACCGCCUCGUCGCGCUCCUCCUCCACGUCCUCCUCCUCGUCGGCCUCGUCGUCGGCGCGCGGGUCCCGGCGGUGGGUGUUCAUCAAGGACAUGCUCCUCCACCGCAGCAGGAGCGAGCCCGGAAGCAGCAGCAGCAGCGCCCACGCGAACGACGCCCCCGCGGCGGGCGCAUCCGCCGGUGCCAGCAAGCCCGAACGAGCGUGGGCGUUCUCUCCCUCCUGGGCGGCCCGGGAAAAGCUCGCCGCCAGGCUCCGCCCCUCGCGCCCGCCGCCCGCGACAGAGGCGGCUGGCGGCGAGGAGGCCCGCCCUCGAGGGCAGGGCAGGGGUCGCAGGCGGCGGUCCACGACGGUGGCGGCGGCGCACGAGCGGCUGUACGCGGCGCCGAACCGGGCACAGGCGGAGGAUAUGCGGCGGCGCACGUUCCUCCCGUACCGGCAGGGCCUCCUGGGCUGCCUGGGCUUCAGCUCCCGCGGCUACGGCGCGCUCCACGGGCUCACCAAAACCCUCAACCCCGUCUUCUCCCGGUGAAAAAGUUGCCGUGAGAAAGCAAGCCUCCCCGAGAGGCCGAGCAGGCGAAAUGAAAAGAAAGGGAAAUCUCAAGACCGCGAGAAAAGUUCUUGGCCGACUUGAUUUGAUCAGCCCCUGUGCUGUUCGUCAUGUACGCGAGCAGUUUCAUAUGCCCUCUUUUUUCUUUGUUUCCUCUGCGUGCGCUCUGUGUAUAGGCGGCGGUCUAGCAAUGUCAGUGAGUUCACCUCCCUCGUUCGGAGAGGAAGGUAGUUUUGCCCAUGGUCACAUCGAACAGAGCAUCGAGAGAGGGUCAGAGGGAAGGAGAGGGAGGAAGGGAUGUAUGUGGUCGAGCAAUAUGGCGCGAAAAUAGAGUAGUCCGUGGCGCCUUCUGUGUGCAAGGUAGUGUACCAAAGUAUAAAGCGUCUACUGCCGCGGCAUCGUGAGAAAAGCAACGCCGCCGAAAAUUCGUACUA